AGCGUACGGUUGGCGGAAACGGAACAAAAUAAAAUAAAACAAAACGAAAUAAAUAUUUGAAAAUACAUAUUAAAAUUUACAAUAUUAACGUCGUUAUUUUACAAAAUCAAUACGUACAUACAAAAAGUGUAUAUUCAAAUUAAAAAUUGUGCACAAUCACAUAGAACACAUUUCAGGCAUCAUUAUUGAGCAAAUAUUUAAAUUAAUGAAAAAUUGCCAGCAAAUAAAGUGUCUAAAACAGAAAAUAUUAAUUGUCUAGUAUUUGUUUUUGUUUUGUUAGAAAAACAAAACUAAACAUACUAUUUUUUUUAUUUAAUAUUUGCAAUUACACGUGAAAGUUUUAGUUGUGAAAAAUUACUACGUUUAACAAUAUUAUCACAGAAAACCAGAGAAAAAAAGUUCUAAGAAUCAUAAUUAAAUAAUAAAAAAAAACAUUUCAAAGAAGCUUCUUUGUUUUUUUUUUUAGAAAUUCGAAAUAAAAUGUGUCGUUUUUUAAAUAUUGUUUUCAUUGCCUCAAUUUUAAUGCAAAUCCAAGUGUUAAUUGCACUAAACGAUAAUGACUGGGAAACACCUAGACCUUCAUAUUUGACUUCAACUGAAAUGGAAUUGUACAGGCAUAGUUUGGAAUUCAUCGAAGAUGCCGCCUGUCAAAGAGAUUUAAAUGCAACUCUAUGGGGUCUUUUAAAUAGCCAGCAGUGGACAACUUCAAUGUAUGAUGCAUCUGUUCGAAAUCCCGUUGGUAUUGAGAGUGGAAUUUUAUAUCAUUUUGGUCAUUAUGAUCAAUGCCUACAUACGCACAAUUUCAAGUCUCGAUCAGAGGAUUCAAUGGAAGAAGAAUUUACCGUACAGGCUAAAUAUUGUUUGGCGGAUGUAAAAAUCGAGGGCCUAACACCAUUGCAGUCGGGAACACGCGAAAAGCAGCCAUUGGAAUUGACAACCUAUUGGGGCGUAUGCGUACCAGCUUCAUGUAGUGCUCAUGAUGUUGCAAUUUAUUUGCAACAUACACUGCAACGCAAUGUGACGGUCAACGACAAAAUGUGCCAAUACAGUAGAGGCAGCGGACAUGAUCUGCAUAUAAGUGAAGGCAUGUUUAUUUAUGCCUUGUUUAUUUUAUUCUUUUUAUUCUUGGCCAUUUUAAGCACAUUGUAUCACAUCUAUUUGAUAAGUUCGAAACGCAAUGAGGAAAAUGUUGCUAAAACUUUGGCACGUAAUGAAAUUUUAAAUAUCGCUUUGUUAUCAUUUUCGAUAAUUGAAAAUUUAAAAAAGCUUUUUCAAGCCAGUAAAGAUCAAUUGGGUUUGAAUUCUAUUAAUGGCAUUAAAGCAUUGGCCAUGUUAUUUAUCUUGGCUGGUCAUGUUUUGUCGUUCAUCUACAGCAGUCCAGUCUACAAUAAGGAAUUCAUAGACGAGAAUAUAAAAUCACCUUUAUUUGGUUUUCUCAGCAACUCUCUGUUGUUUGUUGACGUUUUCCUUCUAUUGAGUGGUUUCUUGUUUUGUCGCAUUCUUCUUAUUGAGCUGGAGAGACGUCAGGGGAAAUUGAAUGUUUUGAUUUUGUAUGUUGGUCGUUACAUUCGUUUGACACCUGCCUAUUUGGCCAUAAUUGGCUUUUACAUCACUUGGUUUCCCAGCAUUGGCAGUGGUCCAUUGUGGCAGCAGCGUAUCGAGAGGGAGCAGCAACGUUGUCAGAUAUCAUGGUGGUCGAAUAUAUUGUAUAUAAAUAAUUAUAUCGAUUCGGAAAAGUUGUGCAUGUUUCAAUCCUGGUAUCUAUCGGUGGACUCACAACUAUUCUUUAUGGCUCCUAUUGUUAUUUAUCUUUUGAAUAAAUCUCGCAAAUAUGGUCUAAAUUUAUUGGUGAUCUUAGUUGCUGUGACAUCGAUCAUACCAUUUGUGGUUACAUAUGUAAAAGAUUUAGAUCCAACUUUAAUGAUAUAUCCUAGUGAAGUUGCUGAUCUGGCCAGUAAUGUCUACUAUAGCACCACCUAUAUCAAGACACACAUGAGAGCUUCCGCCUAUGUUAUUGGCGUUUUAACAGGUUAUUUAGUGCAUCUGAUGCAAGCAAAAAGCACAAAAUUACCCAAAUGGUUUGUACGUUCAUUUUGGUUAUUUGCCGUUUUCAUUGGUAUGGCCUCCAUGUUCAGCGUUACACGUUUCUAUGUGGCUCCCUAUAAUAAUUUAGAAAGUACCCUGUAUGCUGGUUUCCAUAAAUUGGGCUGGAAUGUAGCUGUUGCUUGGCUAGUUGUAGCAGUAACAACUGGUCAUGCUCCAACAUUGCAAAAGUUUUUGAGUAGUCGUGCUUUUGCUCCUAUAUCUCGUCUAACGUAUUGUGCCUACCUAUCCAAUGGUAUGGUUGAAUUGUAUUAUUCGUCUAGUGUGAAAGUGCCCAGUUUUAUGGGAUAUUUACAUUUGACCGAUGACAUCUUUGGCCAUAUCUUGGAUACAUUUUUAAUUGCCGUAAUUUUAUGUUUAUUGUUCGAAUCGCCUAUACACGCUUUGGAACGUAUAAUGAUGAGUAGUUUCCGUAAGACAACGAAAAAAUCAACAAAAUCUAAUUCUAAUACUGACAAUCAAACACCAAGUACCUCAGAAGAACAAGUGGCAUAGUUACAUAUCUAUUUUCCAAUUAUGUUGUAUAAUAGAUUUUGUUUUUUUUUUACAAUUUUCAAAAGAAAAUCUCAUAUUGUGAUAAUAAUUUUCAGAGUUGUUAUAUCUAUAAAUGUAUAACAUUAUUUUAUUUCUUACUAAUUUAACACUUGCCUUAUAAUUUAUAAUUUAUAAUUUCUUUAUUUUCUUUCUAUCUCUUACUCUCAUAAAUUAAAAAAAAAGAAAAGUUUGGGUUUAAGUCAUCCUAUUGUUCUCAUUUGUAUUUUGAAAAUUUCAAAAAAUCCCAUUAAUGUAUUAUUAUUUCAUCACAUGCAAGUAAAUUUAUAAUUGUUUUACUUUAACAAAAUCCAAAAUAUCUUAUUAUAAUACAUAGUUAAAAUAAGUUUUAUUUUUAAAUACCAGGAGUUCAGAAAACAAAUGUUUAAAUUACUUCUAAAGUUCCCAACAAGUUUUAUAGCUGGAAUUCAAGUUGAUUACAAGUGUAAUUCCAGCCUUGAGUCCAGUGUCAACCAAAUAAAUUAUAAUUGUAUUUAUGAUAACAUUAUCCAGUAAAAAGGAAGCAUAUAUUUAAGCCAAAUAGUUUUUAUUGGAAACAAUUUAUUACAAAAUUCCAUCAAAAAGUUCAAGUGCUUUAUAUUUAAUGCUUAUUGGGUUUAAUUCCAAAUUAUUUUUUUCUAGUUUAAUUAAGAUUUGUUUUCAAUUAAAAUUCUUAUUGCUGAAUGCCUGGUAUCAAAUCGAGUGUUAAAUAAAUUGUGUAAUGUUUUUUUUAUUUUUAAGUAUUGUUUUAUAUAAAAUUAUGCUUUAUGUAAAUUAACUCUGACAAUUUUUUUAAUUAUUUUUAAGUAUAAAAAUGGUUUUUGGAACAAAAC